AUGUCCACGAGAUCUUUAAAGAGUUCUCAUGGUAGAAGUUUCUCAGCUAAUCGCUCCAGGAAUCCCACAGCUGAUGGUCAUAGACAGAGCAGGAAUGCCUACCCUCCGAUCCGACAGCGAGGCUUCUAUUCAGAUGUGGUUACAAAUAAUGGCAACGAAGCUGAAAUUGAGACACUGCUGACUGGUCCUGAGACUGCACAAGACACAUUAUGGGAUGUUGCCAGAGAGAAGCAUACGCCUUUUGGUAAAUAUCUAACACAUUUAUUUUUGGAUGCAAGCCAUUUGGAUAAACAGCUCAUUGAACAACAGUAUGGACCAUCUACCCAAGAUCUCACCAUAUCUGAUUUCAGCCACAAUUCAUUCAAGCCUAAAGUUCAGCUGCCGUACUCUACAAAACCUGGCCAGCUUCCUAGAAAAAUUGAAAUUGAGAGGCGACGACGACUCUACAAAAGCCUCUCAUUGGUCAAAUUGUUGGCAGAAAGAAACAUUCAGACAGAGCUUCUCAUGCCCAAACAGCAGUCUGAUGUGAAUGUAUUACUGAACCGUGAUGAAGAUGACCCCGCCCCCUUCCCGGCGUACCUCCCACUUCACAUUUUUGAUGAUGAAGAAUUUGACAUUCACACACCAGAGGAGUGGAUCAGUCUGGGUAAUAUGGAUGGGAUCCGGUAUCCUGUGCCAGGUUUGGCACUACUUCCAGCAAAUGAAGAGGACAGAAUGAAAAACCCAACAGACCCCAGCAUUAACUAUGAAUGGCUUGAUGUUGGAGUCUUGGACUUUGAUCCCACUUCCAAGCUCUAUUUUGUCCAGCGGGUUGACAACCAGGGACGUGUGGUGGACACAGAGGGCCGCCCAAUAAUCAAUGGUGGAAUCUUAGACAACGGCUCUCGUGCACAAGGACGGAACCAGUGGUGGAUCCCACGUAUUCGUCUUUUGUUCUAUGCAGAAGACCCACGAGUAUUUGCAGAUCGAAUCGCCACUGCAUUUAAGUCUAGGAAGAUCUGUGAGGCAGAGCUGCGGUACAAUCUCUACAUCGACUGUAUGCCAAUGGACGGUGUGGGGGAACUGGACCAGGCUUCACUCAGGAGAAUGAUCGAGUGGGCACAUUCGGCUCCAGGGAUUGACAGAGGGAAAAACCUGGAAGAUUACACUCAAGUUCUUGAGAAGGAGGUCAACAUUGACUUCUGCCGAUCCAUGAACAGAAUCAUUUUUGAAAAGACGGUUAAAGAGGAUCCUGUCACAUUUGCCUUUGUUUACGUACCCCCAAGCAGUGCAAAGGUCACACCUGCUACAGGAUGUUGUCCUGAUGUUCCUGCCUACACAUUUGAUGCCCAGUAUGACAGUUUUGCUUUCAACUCCCUGCUGACCUUAUCUGAAAGUAUUCAGGCCAUGAGCAAAGUCAGAACAGAAUGUAAUCGGGUCAGUUGCACCAGUCUCUUCCACAUCCCAAGUGCCAAACCAAUGAGACUCGAAGAGUUUGAGCAAACACAGUCCCAGAUGACAGCACAGGUGGGACUUUCUCUCAGAGACAGCUGGAUAAGCUCUUUAAAACUGAGUAUUCGUAGUGCACUUCGUGAUGUUGGCAAAGGUUGGUUUAACAUUCAUGAGACUAACUGGGAGGUGUACCAGAUUUCAAAGCUGAAGAAGUUCAUGGAGACAGUCAAGUUCAUAAUGCAGGAUUCAAUGAGAUUUUUGGUCCAAGACUCACUGGUGAACUUUACCCAGAUGAUUGUUGAUGCUAGCAACUCGGCCAUUGAGCUGGAUGAAGAGUUUGUCUGGGGGAGUGAUCUGUUGACUAGCAAAAUCAAGCCUCGCAAGAAUGCCAUCUUCCUGAUUGAUCUGGUGAUAGACAAAGAUGGUGUUCAUUUCAGUACAAACCUGUCCAACUUUGAGAUAACACUAAUCAAUCUCUUUGACAAAGGCAUCCAAGCUACGCAGAAUGUACCUCAGCUGGAGAGGGAAAUACUGCAGGAGAUUUUCUGGUCUGGCAUUCCUCUCUUGGAAUCUGUUGGGGAGCAUGAGCCUCCUGUUGAAGAGCUCCGAAGUACAGUCAGGCAUGCAAUCAGGCAGGCACUUCUGCCACUGAAAGCUUAUGCCCGUGAAUAUGAGAAAUAUCUGGAGCUGAUCAACAUGGACAUCAAUGCAUAUAUCAAAACCUAUGAAAGUGCAGGUCACUCUGCUGAGGAAGCAAAAGCAGAGAUCGAGAAACAUCUGAGGGAGAAAGAAGUCCUGGAGGCCAUUGUCCCAAGCCAUAUCGUUAUAGGUCCUUUCUACAUCAACACUGAGGGCACCAGACAGGCACUGGGGAAGAAGAAGAAAGCUCUUGGGAAUGCUGUCUUGGAGUUACUGGCUCGACAGUUGAGGAAACAAGCUGAUGAUGCUUGUGAAGAGUUUAAAACCAUAAGCCGUAAACUGUAUGAAAAGCCAAACUGCAUUGAAGAGCUCGCAGAAAUGAGGGAGUGGAUCAAGGACGUUCCUGGCAUGCUUAAAGAACACAAGGAACUAAUAGAUAAAGCUAUGGCUGACUAUGAGCUGAUUGAAGAUUUCUUUUACAACCUCUCACCAGAUGACUUCAGUGCCAAGUGGACAACCAUUGGCUGGCCACAUAAAAUUGAAAAACAGAUGGAGCAGACGCUCCUGCAGCUUGAUGAGGAUGAGGAGCGAUUCAGGAAACUUCAACAGUCAGAUCAGACCAACUUUGAGGAUAGACUGGAUGGUCUUCAAAUGGCAGUAGCAGGCAUGGCAGCCUACUCAGACAUCAGCAGAGCCCAUGAGAUAGCCAAUGAUGUCAGGAGAAUCAACAAGCAGCUAAAGGAUGCACAGCAGAUGGCCAUCACUUACAACAACAGAGAGAGACUAUUCGGCAUGCCAGUCACAAAUUAUGACAAGCUGGCAAAACUGAUCAGGGAUUUUGAGCCCUUCCGCAAUCUGUGGGUCACAGUCUCAGACUGGCUGAGAUCGCAUGAGUCUUGGAUGAAUGAUCCUCUGCUAGCUAUUAAUGCUGAAGAAGUGGAGAAGAAUGUGAACGAGUCCUACAAGAUUAUGCACAAAAGCGUCAAGCUGUUUUCUGAAAUUUCAAGUGUCCAGGAUGUGGCCAUUGAAAUUAAAGAAAUGAUUGAAAACUUCCGUCCAUACAUUCCGCUCAUACAGGGUCUCAGGAAUCCAGGAAUGAGAAACAGGCAUUGGGAACAGUUAUCAGAAGAAAUUGGAAUCCCUGUAAGACCCAAGAAAGAACUGACCUUCCAGAAGUGUGUGGAGAUGAACCUGCAAGCUUACAUCACCACCAUUGCUAAAAUAGCAGAAGUUGCAGGGAAAGAGUAUUCCAUUGAACAGGCCUUGGAUAAAAUGGAGAAAGAGUGGGAGCCAGUUAUGUUCGAAAUAAUGCCAUAUAAGGAGACUGGAACAUACAUCCUGCACACUUCAGAAGAGACCUCACAACUCCUGGAUGAUCACAUUGUCAUGACACAAAGUAUGUCUUUCUCCCCGUUCAAGAAACCAUUUGAGGACCGAAUCAGUAGCUGGGAAAGCAAGCUCAGGAACAACCCAGGUUUGGAUGCUUUAGAUGAGUGGCUCAACUGUCAACGCUCCUGGUUGUACCUGGAACCCAUCUUCAGCUCCGAGGACAUCAACCGCCAGCUGCCAGUGGAGAGCAAACGUUACCAGACCAUGGAGAGAAUUUGGAGGCAACUAAUGAAGGGAGCCAAGGAGAAUCCACAGGUGAUCACCCUCUGUCCAGAUAACAGACUUCUGGACAAUCUGAAAGAAUGUAACAAACUUCUAGAGCAGGUUCAGAAGGGUUUGAGUGAGUAUCUAGAGACCAAACGAAAUGCCUUUCCACGAUUCUACUUCCUGUCAGACGAUGAGCUCCUUGAGAUCCUGUCUCAAACUAAAAAUCCAACAGCUGUGCAGCCACAUCUCAGGAAAUGCUUUGAAAAUGUUGCUAGGUUGAAGUUUGAAGAGGAUCUAAAGAUUACACAGAUGUUUUCUGGAGAAGGGGAGGUUGUUGACCUGAGAGAGACACUGUAUCCUACAGGCAACGUUGAGGACUGGAUGCUGGAAAUUGAGAGAGUCAUGCGAGAGUCACUACGCUUGAUCAUAAAGGAUGCACUAAGGAACUAUACAGAAAUUCCUCGUACUGAGUGGGUGCUUACCUGGCCUGGCCAGGUGGUGAUCGCAUGCUGCCAAACCUACUGGAGCAGUGAGGUUAUGGCUGAACUGGAAAAAGGCAGAUUGAAAGAAUACUACCAG